CUGGUGUUUUCAUUUGUUCUUGAAGGUUUCCUCCCCCUUUAGUUUGUGUUCCUUCUCUAAAAGUGACUCGGUGUGCUGCAGUGUGUCAGUGUGUGUGUUUGUGCGACAACAUUCAGUCAUGAAGAUCCUGGUGCUGCUGCUGGCCCUCCUCCCAGUCUCUCAAUGUGAGAGGAGAAUCACUGGACGAAGAGGUCUGGACAUCACUCUGCCCUGUAAUUAUGACAUAAAAACCAACGGACCUACAGAGGUGUGUUGGGGUCGAGGCGAUCUUCCUUUCAGAGGCUGCAGUGACCAGGUCCUCGCCACAGACGGACAUCAAGUGAAAGAAGACACCAGAGUUUCCAGCAGGUAUCAGCUGAAGGGACGACUGGAUGAAGGAGACGUUUCUCUCACCAUCAUGAACAUCACAGAUGAAGAUACUGGACUGUACGGAUGCAGAGUGCAGGUUCCUGGACUGUUCAAUGAUCUGAAAGAUCAUGUCCUAUUGACUGUUAAAGCAGGCUCUGACUGCGAUGAUGAUGGAGUCAUUGCGUAUGUUGGGGAGGAAGUUACUCUGCCCUGUAGAUACAACGUAACCAGCGGGAGGAUCCCAAUGUGCUGGAACCGUGGAGCACUAACCACCAUAGGCUGCGUAAAUACGCUCCUCGCCACAGACGGAUCCAUAGUGAAAGAAGAAAAGAGAGUUUCCAGCAGGUAUCAGCUGCUGGGGCGUCUGGAUGAAGGAGACGUGUCUCUGACCAUCAAGAAUGUUCAGGAGGAUGACUCCGGAAUGUACGCAUGCAGAGUGGAGAUCCCUGGAUUAUUCAAUGAUGAGAUCCGUUAUGUGGAUCUGUCAGUGGUUAAAGCUUCAACUUCAACCACUGGACAAACACAACAGAGCAGCAACGCAAACUGCAGAAAAGGCAGCAGAAAGUGAAAAGUGAAGAUGAAGAUGACCACUGCUGUGAAAACUAGAUGAAGAAUUGCAGAGAAGGUUCUGUUUCUCAUCUAAAUAAAGGUCUCAAUCCAGA